AUGACACAGCAGGUUUCUUGUUUCAAUUCAGCUCAAAGCGAUGCUAAUUUUGCGUUAUCUUGUGAAAAUGUUCUUUCUAAACUAAUUCGUCCGAAUCAAUCAAUAAUUGAUCAGAUUCUUAAACAUGACUCUCCUGAUAAAGCAAAUAUUGUUUUACCUGAUGGACAAAAGUUUGUAUGGUAUUUUGCUAUUGGUAGUAUGAUAAAUCCUAUUUCACUUUAUCUUCGUGAUAUAAUACCAUUGAUAUCCUAUCCAGCAAAAUGUCCGGAUCAUAAAAUUCUUUUUCGAGCACCAAAUGGAAUGGCUGAUAUUGAAGCUUGUCCUGAAGCUGAAUUUCACGGAGUUGUUCAUCUUCUCUCUGGCGAACAAAUGUGUCGUUUAGAUGCAAUGGAAGCGAUCUAUCAUCGAAUUGUUGUUAAUUCAAUUAAUUAUCAAGAACAAAAUCAUCUUGUUUAUGUGUAUGAAAUGAAUAUAGAAAAUCAACCUACAUCUUUUCCAAGUGAACGUUAUUUAGAUAUUAUAAUAAAAGGUUGUGAAUAUUAUAAAGUUCAAUCAGCAUAUAUAAAUCGAUUAAAAUAUGAACAAGCAGUAAUACCUCGAAAACAACCUCAUGCCUUUCAAUCAUUUACAGAUAUUCCUGAGGAUAUAUUCUAUUCUGUAGAAGAACUUAUACGACAUGAUGGAAAUGAUCCUGCACUACCAUUAUGGUUAUGUAUUAAUGGAAAAAUCUUAGAAUAUAGUGGAUUACCACCAGAUAAUCAUCCUGAAUACGAACUUCAAAAACGAACUUAUGCAUUUCUCAAAACAAGACUUGGUGGACGCGAAGCAACGCAUGUUAUGGCUAGAGUUAUGUAUGAGCCGCUGUAUGUAAUAUCAUCAAAUAAGAAUGAUUUAUGUGUACAACAUCAAGCAGCGAUUGAAGAUGAACUUCAUCGUAGAAUUAAUGAUGAUCAAUAUAAAAAGUAUUGGAAACCAAUAGGACGUCUUCGUGUAUCAAAUCGUUCAUUAUAG